AAGAAAUCUUUAACUGACUUGGAAUGAUCAUUCGAAAGGUUAUAAGCCAACGUAAUAUAUUUAAAGAAUACGAAUUUAAGUAAUAAAAAAAACAUUAUUUUUAAUAAAAAAACAAAAAAAGUUAGUAUUAAUUUUUAUAUUUUUAUAUUAAAAUAAUUAGAAUUAUAAAAUUAUUAUUAUAAUUUUAGACGAUUUAUCGAAAUUUAAAUUUAUUUUAUAUUAUUUUAUUAUUUUAUAUUAUUAUUAUUUUAUAUUAAAAUAUAAUUUUCUUUAUUUUAUAAAUUUUAUAUAUUUUUUGGUUAUAAUCAUGAUAUAUAAUACUAAUAAUCGAAUUUAAGUUAUAAUUAGGAUUACAUUUUUUUUUUAUUUUGUUUUUAAUAUCACACUGUAUAUAUAUUUUUUUUCAUAAAAAAUUGUCAAUAGAAAUCGGAUUUCAGUUUUGUUAGUUAUAAGAAAUUUAUGUAUUUUGUACGUAGUUAGAAUAUAAAUGAUGGCUUUAUAUUUAUAUCUAAAAACAAUACAUAGGAUAUUUGGUAGUGCAUAAUAUAUAUUUUUAAUUUAAAUUUUUGCUACUGUUUGCUUUUGACCUAUUCUCGAUUGACGUCGCGACCUCGAGCCUCAACCGAUAAGUCAUCGCGGGCGUGUAUUACGUGACAUAACCUGUAACGCUCGUCGAGAGGCCACUAUGCGAUCCUCUAUAGCGAAUGCUCUCGCUCAGGUAGAAAAGCAGGCAAGCGGGGCGAGAAUGCACCUGGCCGGUGUGUCUUGGCGGUAUACAAGAGAGUGACCUGCCAACCUGCCAGUACAGCGAACGGCCUGCCUGCGUUCACCUGCGCAAGGUUGCCUUUAAAUUUCGACGUGGUGUUUUUGUGCAUUAGCGAUUAUACUAAGUGAAACGAUUUCAUAUAUAGCAAAUGUGUCAUUUUGUCAUAUUUCCACGAUUUUAGUUUAUUGAAACAUUGUUUUUUUGAAACGUGAAUAUUAUUCCGUGCGUAUUAUCGCGUGGCUAGCUACGUUAUAUUUUCAGAACUGUGCGUGACCUGUGAGAGCGCCACCGCCGACACACGCAAAUGCGGUGAUACAGGUCGACCCAACAGUGGUGACGAAGUCGGAUCACGAGUGUAUGGAAAUGGACCAUUCGCUCUAUGACAGCCAGUGUAGCAUGGCUAUGGUAUCGGCAUGCGCCUAACCACGUAGCAACCUACGAACCGAAGAACUCGGGACCAUCUCUUUCACUUCUUAAAAUGGUAGAAAUGGACAGAGAUCAUAGGGAACAACACGAUCACGAUAAUAUAAAUGAAAACGAGGAAGACCAAAAAGUAGGAAUGGAUUUUCGUAAUUUAUCUCGUCACCAUGGUGUGGAUCAUGUGGCUGAUGUUGAAAUAGAGCGGGAUAUGGAAGUUGAUCAAAAUGAUCGCAUUGAAAAUUUACAAGAUGAUAAACUAGAUCAAAAUAUAGGAAGAAAUUUUCAUAAUUUAGCGCAUCAUCCCGCUAUGAGAGACAUGGAAAGAGAUCAAAAUAAUCAUAUUGAUAAUAUGCAUGAUGAUAAAAUUGAUCAUAAAAUGGGGCGAGAUUUUCGUAAUUUGGGUUCUCAUACUGGUAUAGUUCAUUUACACUCAGGAAUUGAGCAUUUAAAUAAUGUCGAUGUAGAGGUAAAAUUAGCGAGAGAUGUUCGUGGUUCUUUAGGUUUGGGUCUAUCAUUAGAAUUAUGUGUAGUUUGUGGAGAUAGAGCUAGUGGAAGACAUUAUGGAGCAAUAAGUUGUGAAGGUUGUAAGGGAUUUUUUAAACGUAGUAUUCGAAAACAGUUAGGUUAUCAAUGCAGAGGAAGCAAAAGUUGUGAAGUUACCAAACACCAUAGAAAUCGAUGUCAGUAUUGUAGACUUCAGAAAUGUCUUGCUAUGGGCAUGAGAAGUGAUUCUGUUCAGCAUGAGAGAAAACCAGUGUUAGGUGAAUCAGCAGGAACAAAAGUAGGAAAUAGAAGUCCUAGAGUUAAACCAGAACCACAACAAUCAAUAUCUGAAGCACCUCCAACUUGGGAACAACCUGAAAGUCCUAGUAUGGAAGAUCAAAGCAGUGAUAGUGAUCUCAGUGAUGCAUUAACAUUAGCAAGAGAACGUUUACUUAUUUCGCAUGCAUUGGAUAGCAUGGCUAAACUUAUUGGAGAAAGCGUUAAUGGUUCAAGUGAACCAGAAGAAGAAUGGACUGGGCAAUUAAUUUCUGAACGACAUACAUUAUUUGAAUUAAGAGCCCCUAGUCCAGCUCCUGCAUAUUUAUCAAUACAUUAUAUUUGCGAAAGUGCCGCUAGAUUACUUUUUUUGUCAGUUCAUUGGGCACGAGGAAUUCCGGCAUUUCAAGCAUUACCGUCUGAAGUUCAAACAACAUUAGUGCGCAGUUCUUGGGGACAGCUUUUUACAUUAGGCCUUGCACAAUGUGCGUACACUUUAUCUCUUCCAAGUAUUCUAACAUCAAUAAUAAAUCAUUUGCAAGCUAGUAUUGCACAGGAAAAAAUUACAGCUAGUAAAGUAAAGUCUGUCACAGAACAUAUAUGUAGACUACAAGAUUGUGUAAGUUCACUUCAUAAAUUGCAAGUGGAUUCUAUCGAAUAUGCGUAUCUUAAAGCUUUAACGCUUUUUAGUGCUGACAAUGUCUUAGCCGGUGUUUGGCGUAAAAAAGUUGAAGUUUUACAAGAGGCAGCAUGGACAGAAUUACAACAACGUGUAGGAUCUAAUAGGCUACCUCGCCUUCUUUUAAGGCUCGCACCACUUCGUUCGAUUAACCCUAGAGUUUUGGAAGAUUUGUUUUUUGCAGGCCUUAUUGGUAGGGUAAGCGUAGCUAGUGUCGUGCCUUAUAUUCUUACUAUGCAAGAUUACAAAGCUGAGCCUGAAAGUCAUAUGGGGUGACAAUUACUAGUUGUGCAAUGUAAGUCGUGACCUAAAAAAGUGAUAUCUAUAAAUAUAUACAUACAUGUUAACAUUGAAUGCCUUGAAUAUUUUUAUAUAUUGAAAAAAGAAAAGAAAAAAAUGUAACGAGGCAAUAUUGAUUUUUAUUUUUCAUAAUGAACAAUAAUUGUUCACUUGCCUCUUCUUAAAUAAAGCUGUUAAAACUCAGGGUAGAUGUAUUUUAACUUGUUAAUCAGAUAUAAUAUCUAGUUUACAAUAUUUUGAUGUUUUACAUUUUUUUUUAUUUAUUACAAAUUCACUGCCUAUUGUACAAAACUUUCCGUAUUACAUAAAAUAUUGGUAAAAAAACAUUAAUAUAUUUAUAAAAUUAUAUUAUUAUUACUAUUACAAUUAAUAUACAUUUUUUUUAUAUAUAUUAUUUUUUCAUCAAAAUUAUAUUACUAUAAAACAGCAUUAUAUCAUUAUAUAUUAUAUUGAGAUAUAUGCUAUAUCUUCGAAAAGUAUUAUUUGAUCGAAGUGCAAAAAGAGAAAAGAAUUUUAGCUUUGAAUUUUCAAGUAAAAACAAGUACCUGGAAAGUUUUGUAUUGGCUUAAUGUAAAAAAAUAUAUGGGGCAAUAUAUAUUAUAAUCUAUAAUUUAUUAUUAUUAGAGAACAUAGCCCUUAAUCGAAUUAAUAAUCUUUUAUUUUAUCAAUAUAACAUUUAAUUGAAGUAUUAUAAUUAUUUUCAUAUAAAAAUAUAAAAAUGUUAUGUAAGAAAAUUACUAAAAAUUUUUUCAUACAUAUAUAUUAAAAUCUUGAAAGAAAAUCAAAAUGUUAGCUAUAUUAUUUCUUUAUAAUUGCUGCAUUUUCCGUCCGACUAAAAAUUUAAUGUUUUAGUAAAAGAGAACAUAAUUCAAUAUAAGUAUUAGUACAAAUAUUUUGCGUUUCAUUAUAAUUCUAAUGAUAUCGUAAUUAUAUUAAGAAUGAGUCGGCAAAUGCACAUAUUUUACUUAUUUUUUCUAGAAAUUAUUCAUAAAAAUUAAUAUUAAACUUAUAGAUUAAUUUUAUUAUAAAUUAAAAAGAAAGAAAAAUACAUUAUAAUUGAAAGAAAAAAUUAUAUUUGAAUUUACUUAAAAAAUAUAAAUAGUGCAAUAGAACUAAUUCGAGUAAAAUAUAAACGAAAAAAUAAUUGAUAAUUUUUUUUAUUAUGAAAAAUAAACAUAAUUCUUUUAUAAAUUGAAUUUAUGUUAUACAUCGAGUAUUAUUUACUUUAAAACAGACAAUAAAAAUAUAUUUUUUAUGAGAAACAAAAAUACUUAUCAAGUUAAAAGAGAUGAAGAAAUAAAUAUGAAUGUUUACUUAAUGAAAUGUACAUUUUAUAUCUUGCUGUUAAUUAUAUUCAUUAUAAUAUUAAUAUUAUAAUUAUUAUUACUAUAAUAAUAAUAAUAUAAUUAUAAUAUUAAAAAUAGAUUAUAAAUACAUUACUUGUAUGUACUUGAAAAUUAAGAAAUAUUAAAUUAAUGGUAGUAUUGUUAGAUGAUAAGUUUGUAUAUUUAAUGUUAUCAAUAACAUGUAGAAUAUCGAUAUUUUUUUCGAGUUUUAUUGUAAUGAAUCGUUAAAUAUUUUUAAAACUAUUCAUAAUUGUUAAUAUUCAUAAAAAUGUUUUGCUGAUGAAAUGAUUAAUAUUUCUUUAAACAUUUUUAUAAUAUGUAUAUAUAAUAUUUCUAGCAAUGUUUAAUAUUUAGUUAAAUAUAAGUAUUUUCUCUAAUUCGAUAAUCCAAAGAUUAAACCGCAAUACGUUUUUUUACAGAUAUUCCUGUAAAUUAUACUUGUUGAUUAAAAUCUGAUAUAACUUUUAGUAAUUACCAAUAGUAUAUUAUAUAUUUUAAUAAAAAUGAUAAAUUUUUCAUAAAGUGGCACUAUAGUGCACGUACCAAUAAUGAUGUUAGUAAUAAUUUAAUUUUAUAUCAUAAGUCAUAUUGAUUGUAAUACAUGGAAUUGUUAUUUGUAUGUUAUAAAAGGGCUCGUGUAACUCUCGUUAUAACACAUGUAUAAUAACAAAUAUUAUAAUGACAAAUUAUAAAUGAAAAUUAUCUUUUGGCAUUCAUAUAUAUUUUGUGUGAUACAAUUUUUAUUUAAUAAAAUACUUAAUGGACAAUAUGAUUAGAAAUUAUAAGAUGAGAGAAACUUGUAUAUAAAUAUAAAAUGUGCCUGUAUGAAAAAAAAUAUUUAUAUUAAAUAUAAUUUUGUAAUUAUCUAAGUGAUAAAAAAAAAUGCAAGAGAGACCUGAAGAUUGUUGCUCCUUCAGUUUUAUUACAUCGAAAAAUUAUGUAUAUACGUAUAUGUUUAACUGUAGCAUAAUGCAAAAUAAUCUAAUCGAAAAAAAAUAAAUAAUUGAUAGCUUCAA